GAAAUAAAAACAAAAAAGGAAAAACGAAAGAGUGAAAGCUUUGAGACCUGCGAGGCAUUAGGGAUUAGGGACCGAACCUCACUGGCGGACAGAGACACCAGCUUUGGUAUCUAGUCAACAUCGUCAUCCUCAGAUCCAAACUUCUCUUCACAUCUAAUUAAUAUCCUUUUCAUCGUCCUCCAUUUCUCCCCUGACUUGCUGUUCUCCUGGCAAAUGGGCUUACCGUAGUUAGCUGGUUCUAUCAGCAACAUCGCUGGCAAGAGAAUUCCAUGUCCGACUGUACUGUUCUUCUCGCAGUUCGGCCGAUACCUGGUUGCAACUCGUUAAGGCCAAACGUUAUCUUGAAGACAACAGGAAGAGAAAAUGAGGAUGAGGAACAAACACAGGAAAUCUGCUACUUUACGUUGCUACGGUGGAAGCAGGUGCUCAACAUCUGUUGUGAUAUGGAGCUUGGUUGGUUGCCUUCUGUUGCUUAAUUUGUUUUCCAAUGUUCGCCGCAAAGCCACAGAGUAUGGAGAGUUCCAAUUGCUUGCAAGUCAUCAUCCUCUAUUUCAUGAACUUCAACAAGUGGAUGAGGAGAACAUUCAAAUUCCCCCACCAAGAGGAAAGAGGUCUCCUCGGGCAGAAAAACGCAGACCUAAGCGGGCAACCACACUGAUAGAUGAAUUCCUGAAUGAAGAAUCCCAACUGAGACACGUAUUUUUUCCUGGGCAGGAGAGUGCUGUAGAUCCAAUGAAGGAUGAUAGAAAUGAUAGUUAUUACUAUCAUCCUGGGAGAAUUUGGUUGGAUACUGAUGGAAAUCCCAUUCAAGCCCAUGGAGGGGGCAUUCUGUUUGAUAAAAUAUCAAGGACGUACUAUUGGUAUGGUGAGUAUAAAGAAGGGCCCACCUACCAAUCUCCCAAGAAUGGAAUUGCACGGGUGGACAUCAUAGGAGUUGGUUGCUACUCCUCCAAGGAUUUGUGGGCUUGGAAAAAUGAGGGAAUCGUCCUGGCAGCUCAGGAAACAAAUGAAACCCAUGAUCUGCACAAGUCCAAUGUACUUGAGAGGCCGAAAGUGAUUUACAAUGAGAAGACUGGAAAAUAUGUGAUGUGGAUGCAUAUUGAUGAUGCCAACUAUACCAAGGCAGCUGUUGGAGUAGCAAUCAGUGAUACUCCUGAUGGUCCUUUUGAUUAUCUUGGUAGCCAAAGACCGCAUGGAUGUGAAAGCAGGGAUAUGACGAUUUUCAAGGAUGAUGAUGGAGUAGCGUAUCUGAUAUAUUCCUCUGAGGACAAUAGUGAACUGCACAUAGGACCCCUGACUGAAGAUUAUCUCAAUGUGACAUCUGUCAUGAGAAGGAUUCUUGUGGGACAACACAGGGAAGCGCCAGCCCUGUUCAAGCACCACGGCACAUAUUACAUGAUUACAUCAGGCUGCACUGGAUGGGCCCCAAAUGAGGCACUGGCUCAUGCAGCCGAGUCAAUCCUGGGGCCUUGGGAGACAUUGGGAAAUCCAUGCAUUGGAGGAAACAAAGUGUUUCAACAAACAACCUUCUUUGCUCAGAGCACUUUUGUUUUUCCUCUGCCUGGGCUCUCAGGUUCAUUCAUUUUCAUGGCUGAUCGAUGGAAUUCAGCUGACUUAAGGGACUCAAGAUAUGUGUGGUUGCCCUUGAUAGUGGCAGGACCUGCUGAUCGGCCUCUAGAGUUCAACUUUGAAUUCCCAUUGUGGUCAAGAGUUUCUAUCUAUUGGCAUAGAAAAUGGAGACUGUCUCGGUUGGGGUGGGUUUAGAAUUUUUUUUUUUUCCUUUGUAUAUUUUGUAAUGGUAUAUGAAGUCUCGAUGAACCUCUCAGCUGAGUUUUAUUGCUAUUCACCUGCUUCGGACAUAGCAACCUAAGGGUGAAAGAACCUGCAGAGCGCUGACGGUUUUCUUUUGGGAAGGUGGCUGUAUUAGUCUGAGAUUGAUUCUUAUCGAGUUGCCUGCUGGGUGGAGUUUUGCUAAUAAGCCAGCAUUGUCUAUCAGCUGUAUCAGGAUGUCUUGUGUAUACGUAUAAAUGAUUCAUUCAUUCU